UUUCAGACUCAGACAAAGAAGCACACAAGCUUCAUCAUGGUGCGUAGAGUAGCAGUGAUCGGGUCGGGUCCCUCAGGUCUGACCAGCAUUAAGGCUUGUCUGGAUGAAGGCUUGGAGCCAACCUGCUUUGAAAGCAGUGAUGACAUGGGUGGACUGUGGAAAUUCAAGGAAGUCUCAGAGCCAAACAGGGCCAGCAUCUACCGCUCCCUAACUAUCAAUAUCUGGAAGGAGAUGAUGUGCUACAGUGACUUCCCCAUCCCACCUGAUUACCCUAACUAUAUGCAUCAUUCUAAAAUCCUAAAAUAUUUCAGGAUGUAUGCAGAGCACUUUAAGCUACUCUCGCACAUUCGCUUCCAGACCUCAGUGAAGAGUGUCACCCAGAGACCAGACUUUUCUCGCACUGGCCAGUGGGAUGUGGUCACAGAGGACAGAGAUGGUCUAGAGGAGAGGCAUGUCUUUGAUGCAGUUAUCUGCUGCUCUGGCCACUUCAACUAUCCUAACCUGCCACUCAAAGACUUCCCAGGAAUUGAGACGUUUGAAGGAACGUACUUUCACAGUUGGGACUACAAGGGACCUGAGGACAUGUACGGAAAGAGGGUGGUGGUCAUCGGCAUUGGUAACUCAGGAGGCGAUAUUGCUGUGGAGGGCAGCAGGGUUGCAGAGCAGGUGUAUCUGAGCACUCGCAGUGGUGCCUGGGUCAUCCGUCAGGUUUCUGACAAUGGCCGACCAGUGGACAGGUUCAACUCACGCUUUGUUCAUGUCUUGUUCAAGCUGUUGCCCAUGAGUUUGCUCAACUGGCUGGGUGAAAAAAAACUUAAUGCCAUGUAUGAUCAUGCCAUGUAUGGGCUCAAACCCAAACACAGGCUCUUCAGCCAGAUUCCAGUGAUCAAUGAUGACCUUCCCUUUAAGAUUUUGUCUGGAUCAGUCCUCGUUAAACCCAACAUAAAAGAGAUCCAAGGGUCCACUGUGGUGUUUGAUGAUGGCAGCACUGUGGAGAAUGUGGAUAUGAUUGUGUUUGCCACAGGAUACAAUUAUGAUUUCCCUUACUUGCCAAAAAAUUCAAUAUACAAGUCUGGACACAGAGUUGGUCUUUACAAACAUGUCUUCGCUCCAAACCUGGAGCAUCCCACCUUAGCUAUUGUGGGUUUUAUCCACUCUGAUGGAGCCAUCAUGCCACAAGCUGAAAUGCAGGCCCGUUUUGUUACCCGUGUUUUCGCAGGACAUAGGAAGCUGCCAUCAAACCAGGCCAUGAUCAAGGCUGUUGAAAAAGACACAAGAAACAUUGCAAAAAACUACGUGGUGUCAAAGCUGACUCCCCUGCAGGUGGACUUUGUUGAGUACAUGGAUGAUUUAGCCAAGGAUAUUGGAGUACGACCCAGCCUCCUCUGGCUCCUCUUCACAGACUUCCCACUGUUCAAGAGGGUUUUUUGGGGGCCUGUCACUGCUUACCAGUACCGCUUAAUGGGACCAGGGAAAUGGGCUGGGGCCCGAAAGGCAAUCUUCACCCAGUUAGACCGCAUGUACCAGCCCCUAAAAACCAGAAAACUGGAGGUAGGCGAGAGUUCAACUACAGGCCGUCUGAUCAAGUUGAGUUUGACUGUCAUGGUUGGAGGAGCUGCACUCUACUAUGUUCAUGUUCGCAACCCCACCAUCAUCCCCAUCCUAAUGUCCAAAUUUCAUCUUCAAACAGUUUAAAAGAACUAAAAGUGUCUCAUUCUUAAUCUUUCUGAACAGAGAAAAUGUUCUCUUUUUCCCAGAUCUGCAGCAACCCUGUGAUUUGAAACUGCAGUUCAUUUUACAGUCAAAUACAACACUAGCAACAACUACAUCAGCUUGACCUGCACUGAAAUAAUGGUUCAUAAAGUACUGUAUCCAGUCUGCAAUAUUAAGAAUGACAUAAAUGUUUAUUGAAUGUUAAAACAAAGAUUGAAAAGAAAUAUUUGAAGAUCAGACCCUUAUC